UUGUUCGGACGACGAAAUCCAGAGCGAGCGACGCGGCCAAUGGCGCACCACCACCACGCCACUGACUAAUCGAUGGCCGGCUGUCGCUAGCGCCAUUGACGUCCCUCUCUCCUCCGCUCGCGUGGCUGGCUACAAACCAAACCCCCGCCGAGCCGGCGCCCAGGGAACAAUGCGCUGAGCAUCAUCUCCGGCCUCCUCCUCCUCCUCUUCUUUCACCAACCCACCCACACCGACCCGUCAGUGGCCAGCAGUAGUCACCAUGGGAGAAGCGGUGGCCGCGGCGGAGGACGCCCUGAAGAAGGAGGGGGCGGUGGUGGUGCCGGCGCCGCGGCCGAGCAAGGGCGUGGCGUCCUGGGCGGUGGACCUGCUGGAGCGCCUCGCCGUCCGCCUCGGCCACGACAAGGCCAAGCCGCUCCACUGGCUCUCCGGCAACUUCGCCCCCGUCCGCGACGAGACCCCGCCCGCCGCCGGCCUCCCCGUCCGCGGCCACCUCCCGGAGUGCUUGAAUGGAGAGUUUGUCAGGGUGGGGCCUAAUCCGAAGUUUGUCCCUGUUGCAGGCUAUCACUGGUUUGAUGGAGAUGGAAUGAUCCAUGCAAUGCGUAUUAAAGAUGGCAAAGCUACAUAUGUAUCAAGAUACGUGAAGACUUCUCGCCUCAAGCAAGAAGAAUAUUUUGGUGGAGCAAAGUUUAUGAAGAUUGGAGAUCUAAAGGGCUUUUUUGGAUUGUUUAUGGUUCAAAUGCAAGCACUUAGGAAAAAACUGAAAAUCCUGGAUGUUACUUAUGGAUUUGGGACAGCUAAUACCGCACUUAUAUAUCAUCAUGGCAAACUACUGGCCCUGUCAGAAGCAGAUAAACCCUAUGUUGUUAAGGUCCUUGAAGAUGGAGACCUGCAAACUCUUGGGUUGUUGGAUUAUGACAAGAGGUUGAAACAUUCUUUCACUGCUCAUCCCAAGGUUGAUCCAUUUACAGAUGAAAUGUUCACCUUUGGGUACUCGCAUGAACCUCCUUAUUGUACAUACCGGGUCAUCACCAAGGAUGGAGUUAUGCUUGAUCCUGUGCCAAUAACAAUACCAGAGUCUGUAAUGAUGCAUGACUUUGCAAUCACAGAGAACUAUUCCAUAUUUAUGGACCUGCCUUUGUUGUUUCGACCAAAGGAAAUGGUGAAGAAUGGUGAAUUCAUCUACAAGUUCGACCCUACAAAGAAAGGUCGUUUCGGCAUACUCCAGCGUUAUGAAAAGGAUGAAAAAACCAUCAGAUGGUUUGAACUCCCCAAUUGCUUCAUUUUCCACAAUGCUAACGCCUGGGAAGAGGGCGACGAAGUUGUUCUGAUUACCUGCCGCCUUGAGAACCCAGAUCUGGACAAGGUGAACGGCACCCAAAACGAGAAGCUCGAGAACUUCGGGAAUGAGCUGUAUGAGAUGAGAUUCAACAUGAAAACCGGCGCUGCUUCACAGAAGCAACUGUCGGUCUCUGCUGUAGACUUUCCUCGAGUCAACGAGAGCUAUACCGGCAGAAAGCAGAGGUACGUGUACUGCACGAUACUCGACAGCAUAGCAAAGGUGACUGGCAUCAUCAAAUUUGACCUGCACGCCGAGCCAGAGAGCGGCAAGAAGCAGCUUGAAGUUGGGGGGAAUGUGAUGGGCAUAUAUGACCUGGGACCUGGUAGGUUUGGUUCAGAGGCUGUCUUUGUGCCCAAGGAGCCCGGUGUUUCUGGGGAAGAAGACGAUGGCUAUCUGAUAUUCUUUGUGCACGAUGAGAACACAGGGAAAUCUGAAGUGAAUGUGAUUGAUGCCAAGACCAUGUCUCCUGAUCCGGUGGCGGUUGUCGAGCUGCCGAACCGGGUUCCUUACGGGUUCCACGCCUUCUUUGUCAACGAGGAACAACUGGUACAUCAGCAAGCAGAGGUGUGAAGAACAGUGAUAAAAAAGACUCUGCGUGGUCUGCAUGCUGCAGAAAUAAAGGAAAGAAAGCAGUACAUAGUACAUUGGUACAAUAUAUAUAGGAUUAUUUGUACAGUGAAUUAAUCGGCACCGUGGAACGAGACUGUAAAUUUCAUACUAUAUAUGGUAUUACUUAAUAAACAUGGAUUUUCAUAUA